AUGUCGUCUCCCGCCCCCGACGACACGCGCCUCGACGCCGACCAAAUCUCCACACACAGCUCCUACGCCUCGUCCUCCGACUCAUCCUCCCGCGCGCGACGAAACAAGGAGAAACAAGCCCUCCGCCUCAUCGCCUUCAUCGCAGCAAACAUUAUAGCCCUCGCCUGCGGCUCCAUUGUCGUCUUCUCCCUCUACGCGCCUCUUCUCCAGUCUCGCCUGCACUACACCCAAUUCCAGGUCAACGCCGUCGCUAUUGCUGGCUCUGUAGCGCUGUACCUUCCUAUUUCGCUCAUCGGGUAUAUCUGCGAUCGCGUUGGGCUGAAGCCGCUUGCGCUGGGGGGAGGAAUCCUCUUCGGUAGUGGGUAUGGCAUCGCAGCGGGUGUUUAUCGAAAAUUGGAUCUGGAGUAUCGCAGUCAUCCUGGAUAUCGUGUCAAUGGAGACUGGUCCGUUCCGUUUUUGAUGUUUGCGUUUGUGUGCAUUGGUAUCGCGACAUGCGCACUUUACAUGGCUUCUGUCUCAUCUUGCGCCAAGAACUUUGGAAAAGGUCGUUAUCGAGGAUUGGCGCUCGCUACGCCGAUUACUUGUUUUGGAUUGAGUCCCAUGUGGCUGAGUCAAGCGGGAACUCGUCUGUUCACUGAGACGCGGCCAGACGGAUCCAAGGGCGACUUGGAUGUCUUUCGCUUCUUCCUCUUCCUCGCCAUCUUGACCUUUUCCAUGGGUAUGCUGGGCACAUUCACAUUGCGUGUCGUGGAUGAGGAUGAGCUUAUCGACGAGGCUAUCGAGGAGCUGGAGCAGAGUGGUUUACUCGAUGGAAGCUCUCUACUCGGCAGGUCCGAGAGGAGUUACGGUGCGACGGGUGAUGAGAUAGAGGGCUCAGCGCUACUUGAUCCGUCGAAAGACGAUGCAAAGUGGAAGAAGAACUGGGUCCUCAACGCUGAAACGCGUUCGUUCCUGUCUGAUCGCACCAUGUGGCCGUUUGCUCUGGCGUUUCUUCUGAUCGUUGGACCAGGCGAGGCUUUCAUCAACAACCUGGGCACAAUUAUUGGUACACUGACACCACCUGAAAUGGAAGCCCGAAGCCAUCGCACUUCAGCUGCGACACAUGUGUCCAUCUUUGGAGUCACAAACACUGCUUCUCGUAUCUUCAUCGGUACUCUGACAGAUCUCCUGGCACCGUAUCCCCAGACACAGCAUGUUCAAGCACCGCAUGCUCGUUCAGCCGUGAGCAACCGCUUCUCCAUCUCCCGCGUCGCCUUCAUGGCCUUCUUUGCAACACUCCUCUCAAUCGGUCUCUUGAUCCUCGCAUCCGGCCUUGUACAAAACCACGCUGAGCGGUUCUGGCUCGUCUCAGGCCUCGUCGGCGCAGGUUACGGCGCAAUCUUCAGUCUCACACCCCUAAUCGUCACAAUUAUCUGGGGCGUAGAGAACUUUGCUACGAAUUUCGGCAUCAUCGGUAUGCUUCCUGCUGCUGGGUCUACAUUCUGGGGACUUGUCUACUCAGCGACGUAUCAGAACGGCGCGAACAACUCAAAGUCUGCGCCUGGGAGUGAAGAGCGCGGCGAUCUAUUCUGCUAUGGUGAACAGUGCUAUGCUCCGACUUAUUGGGCUGAGACUGUUACUGUGUGGGUUGCUGUUGGGUUGCUGAUCUGGGCUUGGAAAGGUAGAGGGGGAUGGUCUCAGCGUGGAAUUGUGAUUUAG